AUGCGGACGGCUGCUAUCGCGGCAGUUGCAAUACUGGAAUGGUUUCAUUUUGACGGUGGCGUCGUGGAGAGAGUGCAGGCUAGCGAGACAGUAGGCUACCAGUAUGGCAGCCUAUUACCCAGGUUUGGCAUUCAUUGGCAAAUACCUCUUGUGCUUGUUUUGCAUGAAAUUCGGGCUUCCAUGACGGGUGCGUCUCGCUCGUCGUCGGUGGCAUCACGGACAAUUAGACAGUGGAUAUACUGUGGUUAUAUUGCGCAUUUUGCGUGGAACGCGGAAACCAUGGAGCAUCCAUUAUCUGCUACUGCUCUCCGCGUAACCUCGGUAAUGCGGG